AUGUGUGGCUCAAAAUUGGAUUGCCAGUUAGAUCACUUAGCCGCAAAGUGCAACAGAACUCCUUCGAAAGUAAGUGUUGCCGACCUAUACCUGUUUGAGGAGCUCAAGUUGCAAUGUGGUGACCAGAAGGCAAAAGAAUGGUUUUACUCGUGCAGUGACAGGAGCAUGGAUUUGAGCACAGACUAUGCCUCAGUGAAGUCGAUCACAAGGGAACAAUCCGUACAAUCUGUAGCAAAAGAGCAGGUGGAAAUCAGCCUGGAUAUAAGCAUUGCCGAAGACCAUGAAAUGAAGCCUGACGAUGACAUGUGUUUCGAUUCUCACGAGGACUUGUUUGCGAAGUUGAAAUCGCACAGCUAUUCGACAUUACCCAACCUUACAAGCGAUGAUCAAUACCAUAGAAGCCGUUCGACUCCCAACCUCCGUCAGAUCGGACGGCAUGUAAACUACGAUGACGUUGAUUCAACUCAGUAUCUCGGGCUCCUAUUCACGUCUGAGGCAAACCUUGUGUUGGACAGACUUGAGAGCAUCCACAAUAUGUAA